AGGGGCGGCUGUUUUUUCGCCGUGAAACCUUCUAUUCGAUAACACCCAUUCAUGCAUUUUUAUGUCUCAUUUUUUUCUCCCAGGUGGACGGAGUGACAAUGACGCUGUCUGCCUGACUAUCUGUGCAUCUCCUCAUUAUCAUUCUCCCUCCCCCUCUCCACCCAAUCCUCUAGUCCUAUCUACCAUCCCCCUGUACACCACACACAAAGCCAAACAACCACCACCACCCAUCUCUAACAACGUCUCACACACACACACACACACACAUAUAGACACACACACAUUCGCACACACACUACCCCUGUCUCCUGGAAAGGGAUUUAAAGAUUCGCAGCCUCUCAUUUGUAAUCAGAUGAAAGAGAGGAUUAUCUCAAGGUUUCCUCCAUCUUGUUCACAGCCAGGAUAGAGAGAGGGAGAAGGAAGAGGAGGAGACUAGUGGAAGGGAGGGCGCUGUGGAUGGUGCGUGGCGAGAGAGGGGGGGGGAGUCACCUGUGGAUGUGAGGGAAGGAGAAGCGCUUUCCUUUCCAACAUCCUGGACUAACAGGGGUUCUCCGGGGAUCCUGGGGGAUAACUGGACUCUGACACUGAGUGAUUGAGAAAGAGAGGGAGAGGAGGAGGAGAGAAAAGGAACAUAAGGCACGGAUCUCAUAUUCUUCCUGAAAGGGCUUUCCCAUGGCAGAGAGUGGGCAUCCUGUGUCUGAGUUAUACCCACCAGAGGGCAGUGUUUCCCUUGACUCUGCCCUCUUUACCGACCCCUUUUUACCCCUCUCCCAGAGCUCCACAGAUGGGCUGACAGGUCCCCUGGGGCAGGAGGAACUCAGGAGGAGCUCCAGUGAGCAUACAGCUCCAUGCUCUAACAGAGACAGAAAGAAUGACAGCCAGGGGCCUACUCAGGCUGUCCAGCACACCAUCCAACAACAUGUGGACCCCAGGACUACUGUUCGCCCUCACAGUAUGGCUGAGUCAUCAUACACAGCCCAUCACCAUGAAGAGGGCAUCACCAGCCAUGGUCACCAAGCCAGCGGGGACGUGUUAUCAGCCUUCGGAGAGAGCCAGGAGCCUUACCCCUCGUCAUCAUCCCAGAAAGACCUGAGAGGACUGGAUCUGUCCAGGCUGCCUGUCCAGAGGAGUCACUCACAUACCCUCCACAUGCUCAGGGAGGUUUCUGCCCCCCCACCCCGCUGUGAGACCAGCUGCCCCUUGUAUCCAGGGAGAGACUACCUUUUCCAGGAUGCCUCUCCUCAGGCCUUCUCCAGGUUUGCCUGCAAGCAGCCCAUGCAGGUCCAGAACUGCAACACUGUCAACACCACCAGCAGAGGGGGAAAUGGUAGAGGAGGCAGCCCCACACAGCAGCCUCAGGCCGGGAGUGUCAGGGUCGGUGCCCCUGGCCCCUCUAACACAGCCACUAAGGUCGGCGAUGAGACCCAACAACAACAUUCAUGUGAGGAGGCCAUCUGCUACUGCGCUUUUGUCCAUCACCACGGGGCGUUGGAGGACACGUUUGCGGCGUACUGCCACCCCCAGCCCAUCCUCGCCACUGCCCAGUUGAUGCCACGCUUUCCAGGCACCGAAGCUAAGUUCAGAGACCAGAGGGUGCUGCCACCUCACCCGGCGCCUACCCUCAUCUCCCUCCCUUGUCUCAUGUCCUCUGGCAGUGAGACAGGACUGGAUGCCAAGCGCCUGCUGCAAUGCUGCAACCUCAAUUGCCAUCUCAACUGCUCCUGGGCCAACACUCUGCCCCCUAGUGGAGCCCUGCAGCAGCAGGAGAAUAGUUGUCCUAGCAGCAACAAUAGAGCCACCAGGGACACAGGGACUAUGACAUCCCACAGGGAGCUCAGGGACGUGGGGGUGCAGACUGGGAAGAUCCACGAGGCAUGCCUGGCCCAUGUGUUCCCCCAGGUCUGCCUGGUGGAGAAGAACAGGAAUGAGAAUGGGAACGAGAGCAGGAAUGAGACGGAUACAUCCCAGAAGUCCCCAGUGAAGGAGGUGAAGUGGGAUGCGGAAGGGAUGACGUGGGAGGUGUACGGGGCAUCUGUGGACCCUGAGGAGCUUGGUUUGGCCAUCCAAAAGCACCUGGAGCUGCAGAUCAAGGAGACGGCUGGCCGCGCUGCUAACCUUUCCUGCCAGGAUACCGCCACGUCUCGGAAGAGCAGUAGUGGCGCCGGCGACAGGAAGAAGAGGGGCGGGGUGAUGGGCUCAAUCAGGACCCCAGCCUGCUGCGCAAGCUCCAGCACGGCUGUGGACUGA